AUGACUACUCCCACUCUGAUCAAUCUCCCUCCCCCGCCAUCGGACCCAGUGACUCCAUCAGACAUGGGGCCAGGGACCCCGAACUCCGGCACGACUUCGUUGUCGGCCCUGUCUACAACCGCCAUUAAAGAUGGCCAUCAGGGUCAGCCUCUUCCCCACGGUCGUCACGCCCACCACUCCCAUUCCGCAUCUGCUACAUCCACUACCACGCUGGAAGCAGAACGCGCCGACCGUAUCUCGCGUCUAGCAGGCCUGGAACGAGUGGCUACGGCUCGAGCGGGUGGCACUCCACAGCCCUCGGGCAUGAUGGCAGGGACUCAAUACCCCGGCUACUUUGACAGUGGAUCUGGGGUCAAAGAAAGAAGUACGGUAGGUAGUGCCAGUGCGACAGGCAGCGUGGGCGCCCGCACGACCUGGGCCAGUGGCAGUGAUGCGUUCGAUGCAGACCGAAUGAGCGAGUACCCGGAGGACGGGACGUCCAGUGUAGGCAACUACAGCGAUGAAGGCGACGCUAGCCUGGUGGCAUUCGGCGAAGGUGCCAGUACCAUUAGUGGACCAACUUCACAUCCGCUGCUGAACCGAACAUCAUCGGGACAUCGACCUACCUCGUUGGGCAGCCCUGGAGUGAGCCGUGCGAGCGCAUUCGCAUCCCACCAUCAGCAACACUCUGGGGAGGGCGCGAUGCUGCUGUCGACCCAGUCGCCGACCGGAUCCGUGACACCAGAACCUACACAAGAUGCGCGGAUGGUCGAUGGGAUGACGUUCGACUCGGAUGUGAUUGACACCACGGUGAGGACCCCGCGAUUGGCCACUCCCGCUCAAGGUGGCGAGCAGCCGACUUUUUGA